UUGGAUUUUCUUUCUGCGACCAAGCACUAUACAUUUGUACACACCAACAAACAAACUUGUUUUAUGAAUCUUUGUCAAACGCUUCUGUUGAUUCUCUGUCAAAAACUCAUUGCUUCAAUCACUCACUCAACACUUUCAGAUCGGUGUCUCUCUUGGACAAAUUGACAAAGGGCUUGUAGGUUAUUGUAUUCAGAUGAUCUCCACAAAAUUAGUGAUUAUGAAUUCUUCAUUUGUCAGCUUCUAAUUUUCUGGGGAAGGGUUGGAGUUUUGGAUCAGGUGCUUUCAGUCUUGUAAAGUUGAGUGGGAGAUAUGGAGUGAAUUGUUAACAGUAAUAAUUGGUAAAUGGGGAUCCAAACUAUGGGGUCUCAAGGUGGUGGAGAUAGUAAUGGAAAACGGUCACAACUCCAACCUCUAGUGCGGCAAAACUCAAUGUACAGUCUCACACUUGAUGAGGUUCAGAAUCAAUUAGGUGAUUUAGGGAAGCCGCUAAGUAGUAUGAACCUUGAUGAGCUUCUAAAAAAUGUAUGGACUGUCGAGGCAAGCCAGUCCAUGGGUAUUGACAUUGAGGACAGGGCACAAGCUAGUCAAGCUGCUUUGCAGCGUCAGGCUAGUCUGUCAUUGACUGGUGCACUAAGCAAGAAGACUGUCGAUGAGGUUUGGAGAGAUAUCCAACAAAAGAAAAAUAGUGACGAGAAGAAGUCUCGAGAGAGACAGCCUACUUUGGGAGAGAUGACAUUGGAGGAUUUCUUGGUGAAAGCAGGUGUUGUUGCAGAAGCAUCUUCUAAUAGAAAGAAUACUGGUAUUAUAGCUGGGGUUGAUUCAAAUGUAGCAGUACCACAGUUUCCUCCGCAAGGCCAGUGGAUACAGUAUCAACAACCAUAUCAGCAUCCACAACAAAGUUUAAUGGGGAUUUAUAUGCCUAGCCAGGGUAUAGCACAGCCAUUGCACAUGGGACCUGGUGCUUCAUUGGAUGUUCCCUUUGCAGAUAGUCAGGUGGCAUUGCCUUCACCUCUGAUGGGAACAGUGUCAGAUACACAGACACCUGGAAGAAAAAGGAGCACCCCAGAGGACAUGAUGGAGAAGACUGUUGAGAGGAGGCAGAAGAGGAUGAUCAAGAAUCGGGAAUCUGCUGCCCGUUCAAGAGCAAGGAAACAGGCAUACACAAAUGAAUUGGAGAAUAAAGUCUCGCGCCUGGAAGAGGAAAAUGAAAUGCUGAGGAAACGAAAGGAGCUAGAUAAGAUGUUGCAAUGUGCACCACCUCCAGAACCUAAAUAUCAACUUCGCCGAAUAGCAUCAGCUCCAUUCUGAGAUCUGUACCUAUAAGUAGAGGUUUGUAGAUAUGAGCAUCAAGGAAUGCUCCUUCUAGUUUACUAUGAGGUUAACACCUGCCUUCUAGUAUCUCAGGAAUAGCUAUGUGAUGCAUUUAAAUCCAAUGGCUUUGUUUUACUAGUCAUUAGGUUCUUUGUAACUAACUCCUCUGAAAUCCUUCCGUAAAAGUUUAUGGACAAUUCUGUAGUUUUACAUUA